AUGUCGACUAAACUGCAGGUCUCGAAGGCGGUGACCAAGAAAAACACAGCCACGGGUGGCCCCGUGCAAAGUCCAGGCAAGGUGCAGAAUGGUACGAAGAAGAAGAGCACGGAGGCUGCACCCAAACCCCGGACAUCUAGCGGUGACGGCCCUCCUGGUGGCGAGGUUCGCAAGUCCAGCCGCCCUCGAAAGGCGAAAGUGUGGUUUGAGGAAGGGGCGGAUGCUACCGAAGAAGGUGCUGAUCCUGUUAAGUAUGUCGGGAACAACCUUGAUGGCGAGGAUGUGGACAACCAGAAACACGAGGACGAAGCUGAGGCCAACGGCAAGUCGGGUGACGUGGGCGAAAACGAGGUGGACGAGGCAGUAGACGAGGCCGGCGACGAGCCGGAAGAGGAAGACUUGGCGGAGGACGAUGCUGAAGAGAAGGCGGAUGAAGAGGAGGGUGACGAGGCGGAGGAAGAGGAGGGUGACGAGGCGGAGGAAGAGGAGGGUGACGAGGCAGAGGAAGAGGAGGGUGACGAGGCGGAGGAAGAGGAGGAUGAUGAGGCGGAGGAAGAGCAGGAUGACGAGGUGGAGGAAGAGGAGGACGAGGAGUCUGAGGAAGGGCAGGGGGAUGAGGACGAGGCUGAGAAGGGAAGUGAGAAAGGCGAUUCGGCGGAAGUGGGGGAAGGUGCGGAUGCGCACAAGCCUCAAAUCACAAGAAAGGGUAGCUUUGACGAGAUGCUGGAAGAGCAGGGUGACGCUGAUGACGAAGACAUGGAGGAUGAGGCUGUGGCUGAGGAACGUGCUAUGCUGCUUGGGAAGCUGAAGGCACUCGAUGAGAUCAAGGAACCCGUUGUCAGCUCGAAGCCUGCUAGAAAGGGUGUGAAACGUCUUCCGCGUUCAGAACCCUCUAAGGUUCCUGCUAAGCCACCGCGAGGGAAAGAUGCAGUCACAUCGGCUAAGGGAAAGGAUAAAGUUCUGGCGACCGAUAGUAUUCUCGGUGGGAAGUCGAAACGGGAGUUCGCCUUGGUGGUUGGCGGUGCGCAGAAAAAGCAGAACACCGGUGAAGUGUCGGCCAAACCGAAGUCAACUCCUACGGCAGCAGGCGCUGGGACCAGCGGGGGAAAGGCCAAGGCAGGCGCUGGGGCAAGCGGGGUAAAGGCCAAGGCAGGCGCUGGGGCAAGCGGGGUAAAGGCCAAGGCAGGCGCUGGGACCAGCGGGGUAAAGGCCAAGGCAGGCGCUGGGACCAGCGGCGUAAAGGCCAAGGCAGGCGCUGGGGCUAAACCGACCUCUAAGGAGGCCAACACAAAAACCAAAGGUCAGACUUUUGCCGCAUUGUAUAGCACUGCGGGAUGGUACCACUUUUUAUUCGUGGCAUGCUUGCUGAUGUCACGUCGCUUUCCAUCCUUCCCUGCCGUCGCUUUCCUCCCAUCCAUGCCGUCACCGUCAUCCCAUCCCUGCCGUCACCUUCAUCCCAUCCCUGCCGUCCCCUUCAUCCCAUCCCUGCCGUCACCUUCAUCCCAUCCCUGCCGUCACCUUCAUCCCAUCCCUGCCGUCACAUUCAUCCCAUCCCUGCCGUCCCCAUCAUCCCAUCCCUGCCGUCCCCUUCAACCCAUCCCUGCCGUCACCUCUGACCCGUCUCUCAGUCACCUUUCCUCCAUCUCUUCCGUCCCGUAUACAAUCAACAGCUCCCAAUCAGUACUCUGGAGCUGCACCACCGGUGAAGGCCUAGGGAGGCAUAGGGUGGUGAGGCUUUACCUAAACCCCAACUCCCCUCUGCUUGCCUGCCCACUCUCCCCUCAACCCGAAACCACACCUGCUACCCUAAAUACAGGCCUAGGGAGGCAUAGGGAGGUGAGGCUUUACCUAAACCCCAACUCCCCUCUACCUGCCUGCCCACUCUGCCCUCAACCCGAAACCCCACCUGCUACCCUAAAUCCAGGCCUAGGGAGGUUUAGGGAGGUGAUGCUUUACCUAAACCCCAACUCCCCUCUGCUUGCCUGCCCACUCUCCCCUCAACCCCAAACCCCACUUGCUUCCCCUUCCAGGCAUAGGGAGGUGAGGCUUUACCUAAACCCCAACUCCCCUCUGCUUGCCUGCCCACUCUCCCCUCAACCCCAAACCCCACUUGCUUCCCCUUCCAGGCAUAGGGAGGUGAGGCUUUACCUAAACCCCAACUCCCCUCUGCUUGCCUGCCCACUCUCCCCUCAACCCCAAACCCCGCUUGCUUCCCCAUCCAGGCAUAGGGAGGUGAGGCUUUACCUAAACCCCAACUCCCCUCUACCUGCCUGCCCACUCUGCCCUCAACCCGAAACCCCACCUGCUACCCUAAAUCCAGGCCUAGGGAGGCAUAGGGAGGUGAGGCUUUACCUAAACCCCAACUCCCCUUUGCUUGCCUCCCCACUCUCCCCUCAACCCCAAACCCCACUUGCUUCCCCAUCCAGGCAUAGGGAGGUGAGGCUUUACCUUAACCCCAACUCCCCUCUUGCUUGCCUGCCCACUCUCCCCUCAACCCGAAACCCCACCUGCUACCCUAAAUACAGGCCUAGGGAGGUUCUGGCCUCGUUGCGUGCGCUCUUUCAGCACAACGAUGCCAGCACCAGAGGGGUCUUUUUCGAGCAGCUGUCCUCAACUAGGACUUCUAUCAACGGCUGGAUGAGAAAGGUGGCACUCACGGCGUUGGGUCGGCAGGCGAACAAGUGCUACUUGGGGAGGUUACCAGCAGAUCUGCUUGCCCCACUCGAGUUCUACACGGAUGAGGAGCUCAUUGCACGUUACAAGGAUGGGGAGAGGGGGCUGGCAUGGCAUCGGGAGCUCCUCAUCCCUUUCGGCAGCCUCAUCUUCUCGGUGUCCAUCAAGUUGGCUUUGGCGCGUCGUGGGGUCAAUUCUGAGAAGAUUAAGACCCGCCAGCUGGGUUGGAUCCUAUAUGCGUUUGAGUGGCCAAUCCUCAACAACGCGCCUGAUGGGAAGUUGAGUGGCAAGUGGGAGUACAAUCGGAUCCAGUACGAGGAGAUGUGCACCCGUGUGAAGCGGGAGGUCGAGAUCGCUGUCAUUGACCAUGGUGUCCCAUACGCCAAAAACACGAACACAUUCAACUUCCCCAACGGCGUCUACAUCGACGCGUCUGACAUGGAGACCCUUGUCAGCAGGGUGCAGGUAACAUUGCUGAAUUCCUCCCAUCUCAUCCGUCCCCUUCCUCCCAUCUCAUCCGUCCCCUUCCUCCCAUCUCAUCCGUCCCCUUCUUCCCAUCUCAUCCCUCCCCCCUCUUCCCAUCUCAUCCGUCCCCUUCCUCCCAUCUCAUCCGUCCCCUUCCUCCCAUCUCAUCCGUCCCCUUCUUCCCAUCUCAUCCGUCCCCUUCUUCCCUUCUCAUCCGUCCCCUUCCUCCUAUCUCAUCCGUCCCCUUCCUUCCAUCCCCUUCCGUCCCCUAUGCCUCUUUGCACAGGCUGCACGACCUGCACCAGCCCGGGUUGUCACCCCAAACCCGUAAUCACGGAGGUUAGCAGCAGCACUAGGGGGAUCGGUGCAGGGCGUAGCAGUGGCAGUAGCAACCUGCAGGAGCAGCACGGAGACAGGGGCGUAGCAGUGGCAGUAACAACUAGUAGCCGCAGCAUGGGGACAUGCGGAGCAGCAGUGGCAGCAACGGGACAGGUGCGGAGCAGCAGCGGCAGCAUGGGGACAGGUGCUGAGCAGCAGGGGCAGCAGGGGGACAGGUGCGGAGCAGCAGGGGCAGCAGGGGGACAGGUGCGGAGCAGCAGUGGCAGCAUCGGGACAGGUGCGGAGCAGCAGUGGCAGCAUGGGGACAGGUGCGGAGCAGCAGUGGCAGCAUGGGGACAGGUGUGGAGCAGCAGGGGCAGCAUGGGGACAGGUGCGGAGCAGCAGUGGCAGCAUGGGGACAGCGCCUACCGCGUCAGCCCCUCUCGCUUCGUCGUACUCGCUAUAAGCGGCCUCAAUUUCACGUGGGUGACGGACGGGGAGGGCUGCAGAUGGGUGGGGCGAGACGGCAGCAGAGUGAACGGUUCAGUGUGGUACAGAGACUUCAUGCACCCCAAAACUCAGACUGACUCGCUAGCGGCGUUCUGCCAGCUGUGGGGCAACACGUCCCGGGCAGGCGGCUACCUGGUGAUGACUAUGGAUGGCGUGGAAGCUGCCGUCUUCAACGAACGCCCGGGGCAGCCUCUGGAACCACCACCGGACGCCUCCCUCCCAGUCCACCUCACGUGGUGCUCACAGCCGCUCUACGGCACGCUAGAUGCGGGCAGGGUGUGGGUAUGGGCGGAGUACCACCGCGUGCAUGCCAACGUCUCCCGCUUCAUAUUCUACGACAUGGCGGCGUGGACUCCUGCCCUCACGGCGCUCUUCACGCCGUACUUUGCUGCGGGUGUUGCUGCUGUUACGGACAUGUCGGCAGGGCGGCGUUUUGGGUUUGUUGCGGGAGUGGAGUUGCUCUACUUUACAACCAAGCACCAGACCCUAGCCAGCAACGACUGCAUAUACCGGUCGCUCUUCACAUCCCGCUGGGUCACUCUGCACGACACAGACGAGUACCUCGCGCCCGUCCCGCCGCACUCCCUGCCCUCGCUGCUCGCCGCGCACGCCCACGCCCCCUGGCUCUCCCACGGCGCUUUCGCCGUCAAGCCCUCUGUGUGCGAAGGGGAAGGGGGGGAGGACGCACCCGCACCUGCUGAGGCUGCUACGGUGGAGCCUGCUGACUCUGGUGGUGGUGUGGGUGGUGGGUCUGCUGCAGUGGAGGCUGCUGGUGGUGGUGGUGGUGGUGGUGGUGGUGGUGAUACCCGGGGGGCUGGAGCGGCAGUGAACGCCAGAAGUAGGCAUGAGGAGACAGCACUGGGAGCAGCAGGGAAUGGCACGGAGGGUGGUGAGACGCAGUGGGAUGAAGCUGCAGGGACGGAGGCGAAGAGACGUGCCGUGCAGCUGCUAUCGCGAAUGGUGUUCCGGCACCCAGACGUGUGGUGCUUGCGCGACAGGGCCGAGGGGCAGCGGAUCGACUCAGACCUGUGUGAGGACUGGCGCGGCCACCGGAAACUGAUUGUCAACCCGCGCAAGGUGAGACGCGCUCACAGGCUCUUCCCUCCUAGGUGCCUCAUUCCCUCACUCUCCAGUGCUUCCUCUGAGAAGCCUCGUCUCGGGUUUGGGACAGCGGAUGGAGUUAGAGCUACGGAGGUUAUGUCAAUCCACAUCGCACGGGAGCCACAGAAGGGCGGAGUAGUGCUCAACGCAGCAACGGAGCUACGGCAUUUCCAUUUUUCUGGAGUGGUCAACCCGGUCAACGCACACUGCCAAACUCUAGUGCCGCCCGGCGAGUCCCACGUGUGGUUUGUGCGGGACACCACUGUUGCUGACAAGCUACGGCUUCUAGUCAACUCUUCUGCCCCUCAACCUGAACCCUGA